ACCCACGCUCUCAUCAGUACGCGACAAACAUGGCCGCCUGUGGGCUACUCCGCUCCCUCUCUUCCAACUUUUCCACAGUUUUGCCUUUACUUACCCGCUCGGCACCACUUUCUCCGCUGCGGCUGGCAUCCACGCCUUAUUUCGGAAGAACACUGACCUCCUCUAGUCGAUUAGCAGCAGCACUUAAAUUCACAGACAAACACGAAUGGAUUCGAGUAGGAGACGACGGGAUAGGGACCGUCGGUAUCAGCAACUUUGCGCAGGAGGCUCUGGGAGACGUAGUUUACUGUGGACUGCCAGAGGUGGGGACGCAGCUGGCUCAGCAAGAUGAGUUUGGAGCUCUGGAAAGUGUCAAGGCAGCCAGUGAGCUGUAUUCCCCCUUGACUGGAGAAGUUGUAGAGGUCAAUGAACUACUGGCAGACAAGCCUGGGCUGGUCAACAAAUCCUGUUAUAAAGAUGGUUGGCUGAUGAAGAUGACCAUUGCCAACCCUGCAGAGCUCGAUGCUCUAAUGGACGAGGCAUCCUACGAGAGAUACAUCCGCUCCAUUGAGGACUAACCUGACAUUAACCACAGCACUUACUUGUGUUCCUAAUAAGUGCUAAGCAAUGCUACAAUGCUAUGCUUAGCAUCCACCAGGGGAGCUCAGAAGCUCCACACUGCUGACCUGCCAGUGUUGUAGAGCUGUGAACUUUAGGAAUCCUUUAUCUACUGUUUAAGACUGACAUUAGGGGACCGGUCAGUCUGCACUGACUCAACAUCCAAUGUUGUUUUGUUGCAGCCGGAAAUGCUCAAACAGCAGAGAAUGAGACUCACGGUCCAUAGAAGUUUCCAAGCAUUUCAGUCAAAACUUGAAUUUCUGUUCUAGGAUAUUGUUAGACUUUAAAAAAAAAAGCACUUUGGUCAUUACGGUAUUAAUAAUAAUGUUGGUCUACACUGCAUGUUGACAGCAACACUGUAGACAUGGGACCUGUAUAUUAGAAAAUAAACAUUUCCUCAAAUA